AGCAGCCGGCACUGACAGCGGCUCCACGAUCCGUUCCAGAUGGUUUCCCUCCUCGUCCUCCUCCUGAUCUCCGCCCCACUUCUUGAGGCCGCCGUUUGGCCCGGGGUGCCGGGGCAGGAGCGGGACACCCUCCGCCGCUUCCUGGACAGAGCUCAGGCCGUCCCCGCUGAGCGAGGGCCAGCGAGCCCGGCCAUCAGACCCCUCUAUCCCUUCUACAUGAUCCAACUGUACAAGGCGGUGACGGGCAGAGGCGGCAGAGACCUAUCUGCCCAGGACCAAACGGCGGUUCAAGAAGCAGACGAGGUGAUCAGUCUGGUGGCCAAGGCUUGGAAUCACAGCGGAGAUGGUUGGGUUAUCGAUUUUGACAUGACCUCCAUUUUGGCCCACGAGACCGUGCAGUUUGCCGAGCUGAGGGUUCGUCCGCCCCUGUCGUCCGCCUGCCAAAACACCACGGUGACCAUCAGCCACAGCCGCGGCUACAAGUGCGACGGCAACGCAACUUGCCGCGACCGCUCGGCUCUCGGCUCCUUCGUGGCCAACGCCGCCGGCUCCAGGUCGGGCUGGCAGAUCUUCAACGUCACGGGCCUCCUCAACAACUGGCUGAGCCCAACGUCACUGGAGGCACCCUGGCACUGGGACGUUCGCCACCCUCCCGCCGAAGGGUGCCAGAAGGCCGGGGAUUGGCGGCAGCGCCCGCCGGCAAAGCCCGGCAAACCGGGGGCCACCGACGGCCGGAGGAAGCCACCCCAGCGCAGCGCCGAGCAGAUCAUGAUGGUGGUGUUCCUCAAGACCAACAGCACCAGGUUUGGAGGGACCACCUCCACUCUGCUCAGCACGGUUCAGCGGUCACAGUACCGACUGAACGCCAAGAGCAAGGAGGACACGGCCACCAAGAGGCACAAGAGGAACAGGAUGGAAAGGCUGAACAGAGGCAACAGCACCGUGGAGCUGAGGAGGGGCCAGUCCUUGUGUCGGAGGAUGGACAUGGAAGUCAACUUCGACCAGAUAGGAUGGGGCAAAUGGGUCAUUUACCCCAAAACCUUCAAUGCCUACCGGUGUGGCGGGGAAUGCCCAUCACCAGUGGAUGAGACUUUCAUGCCAACUAACCAUGCAUACAUGCAGAGUUUGCUGAAGUCCGUCAACCCAGAGCGAGUGCCCUGCACAUUGUGUGUCCCCAUCAAGAUGAGCCCCUUGUCCAUGCUGUACUACAAGGAUCAGGAGGUGGUACUGAGCCACCACAAGGAUAUGAUUGUGGAGCAGUGUGGCUGUCACUAGCGAAGAUGCACAAAACACAAAAAGAUGUUUUAAAAUUAUGU